AUGGAGGCAAUGGUGGAAAAUCUCCAUGAAUUGGAUAAUGCUGAAGUUUCGCAGUCAAGGGCAGCUCGAAGCCUAGAAACCUUCGCCCUGGGUUGUUUUCCAUCCAAGAUGUUCUCACACACACCAGCUGCCCACAAUAGCAGUACCUUCUUGACCCAUUAUCCCCGGAAAAGUGAGACAUUGCAACUACAAAGCAGUAACAAAGAGAUGGCUGUAUAUGAGAAAAUUCGACUGCUUCAACUGCGCCUGCGAGAAGGACUUCGUGCUUGGAAGAGGCGGACUUCGUCGGUCGCUUUGCGCAUUCGAAAAGGAUUCAACAGAUCAAAGCUAUCAUCUGUGGCCAACACACACAAGAUGGCGAGCAUUAUACUUCCUGUAAUUGCUGUUACCGGAGUUAUCAGAAAAAUCAGCGACAUAACCGGAAACUUGAUCGUUGGCGAAGCCUUGGGUAGGUAUUGGUUGAAAGAAGAUAUGGAAUGGAUUGAAAGAGAAAUGAGGAGAAUCGAAUCCUACUUAGCAGAUGUUGAUGCCAUAAUUUCCACCCAAGACGUAAGCCAGAGAUUGCUUAAAUUUGUCGAUGACAUUACAAAUCUUGCUGAAUAUGUCGAAAAGACUAUUGUAGUUUAUGAGAAUUUGUCAGGAAAGAGAAAGGGAUUGUGUGGGUGUUUUGUAACAUGUACGUGGAGCCGUCAUCAGUUGGUGAUGAAAAUAGAAAAGAUCAGAAGAAGAGUAACUGAAAUCACUGAAGCGAAAUCAAGAUAUGGGCUUCCUGAUAAUCCUGACAAGGCUAAGACUGAUCCCGUGGAUAGGAGAAGAUCUUACUCUCAUUUCGAUGAACCAAAUGUUAUAGGCCUAGAUAGGCAGGUGGAUACGUUGAUUAGCAGGCUUGAAAAUUCGGAGUCGCAGGGUUAUUUCAUUUCCAUUGUUGGUAUGCCAGGAGUGGGGAAAACUACUCUAGCUAAGAAAGUGUAUAAUUCAGCCAAGAAUUUUAUAUGCUUAGCUUGGGUAUAUGUAUCUCAGAAUCCAUCCAUACUGGAACUUAUGAAAGACAUCGCUAGACAAGUCGGCUUGGUAAAGGAGCAACGGGAAGAGAACUUGAUUGAAAAUCUCUAUUGUUUUUUGAAAGGAAAAAGAUACGUUAUAUUCUUGGAUGACAUCUGGGAUACAAAUACAUGGGACAACCUAAAAGUCGGCUUCCCAAAUGAGGGAAUGAGCAUUGUUAUUACUUCGAGAUAUAGUAGUGUAGGUAGAGGCAUAGGUGGAGAAAGUUCUUUACAUGAGCUUCAGCCUCUAGAUCCAAACAGCAGCUGGGAACUCUUCUCGACAUUGAUCAUGGCUCACGAAGAAAAUAAUAUUAUGAAUAUACCAUCUGAAUUAGAAGAUGUUGGCAGACUAAUAAUCGAAAAAUGUGGUGGUGUUCCUCUAGCAAUUGUGACCACUGCAGGCAUGUUGAGGAGAAGAGAGAGACGGCCCGAUGUGUGGAGCAGGGUACUCAAUAGCAUGGACCGAGAUCAGGAGUGUUCGAAUAACUUAGCCUUAAAGGCUCCCAAAAGUAAAUUAUUUGAUGCUAGCAAUAACACUUCUUUGAAUUCCAUAAUAGAAGGUCAUAGAACAACUAACCAUAUGUUUGGAAACUGUAAAAUUUCCAUGAAUCGCAUCGAUCAGAAGCUGGAAUCGGAACACUUGAAGAGUAUCCUCCAAAACUUCAGAUUCAUUAAAGUACUACGUGUAGAAUGCCAAACCUUACCUUCAUUUCUUCCAAAAAAAAUUAGCAAUUUAGUCGGCUUGACUUACCUUGAACUGAGAGGAGAUGGUAGCCUAGAAGUGCCUCGUACUAUAAGCAAUCUCAGAAGUUUAGAGACCUUGGAUGUUCAAGGAUGUGAAGAAGUAACAUUACCUACAGUUAUUUGGAAGAUGCAAAGGUUAAAGCACAUUCUUCUACCUCUCUCAGCCAAGUUUCAAAGCUCAUCAAAGUGUUGGAACCUGAAAAUUGAAGAAGUGAAUCUACCGAAUCUCCAGACCUUGUAUACAUUAAAUGGAAAUUCAAUGAGUGUCAAAUUCUUGGAGAAGUUUACCAAUUUAAGAAAAUUGGGACUUUGGUGUUCUAUGGAGGAGAUUGGAGUACUGUUAAAAGACUCAAUACCAAUAUCGAACAAGAUGGAGUCAUUAAUCCUUCAAAUAAGGGAUGAUGAUCCAAAUAUAGCCAGUAAAAUGUUCUCGAGGUACUACUCUACAAUUCCAGAAAUUCUUUCUAGCAAUCAAAAUAUUGAUUCUGAUAGUCCACGGCUGAACUUUUCUGUCUAUGGCAAUCUUGUGGACCUGUAUCUGGAGGGCUCAAUUAGGAAGCUACCAGAACUACCAAUGAGCCUCAACAAGCUCGCGCUAGCUGGCAGUAGACUAGAGCAAGAUCCCAUGGAGGAGUUAGGGAAACUAUCCAAUUUGAAGAAGCUCCAACUUCGUGCAAAUUCCUAUAUUGGAAGUAAAAUGGUGAUGUCAGAUUCCUGUUUCUUCCCCAGUCUAGAAGUUUUCAUACUAGAGCCUAUGCCUGCACUGAAAACGCUGAAGGUCGAAGGAGAAGUGAUGCCAAAAUUAAAAUGUCCACGGAUAAAUUGCAAAAUCAAGUUGGAGAUACAUUCUGAGAGGUUGAGAAAUAUAUUCACUGAAUUCAACAAUUACCUCAUGGGAAUGAGCUCUCCUUCUCUGUCAGAGAUUAAUUUUGCACUUCCAAACGAUGAUUUUUCCUGGGAUGAAGAAGAGGAAGACGAGAUAGAGGACUCGGUUAUACAACCAACAAGCAGGAUCACAGACAAAGGGAAGGAUUUAUUACAUGAAACAAAGUCAGGAGAAGAAAUUGUUGGCAUCCAGACCGCUACAUUUGGACCAGAUCAUGUCACUCCUGCCUACAUCGAUACUGAGCAAUGUGGCUUCCAAAAGAAACUGCGCGAUAAGUUAUUGCAGAAGCAGCUUGAGCUAGAAAAGCACAAAACAGAGUCUUCCGUAGUGCAGGCUCAGAUGGAGGCCGAUAUUAAAGAGUUGGAGGAGCAGUUGAAUGGUGGCGCUGGGGCUGAUACUGUCCAAGAGAAGACCUUGGAUUUUGAGAUUGAAGUGGUUACAUAUCCUACAAAGGAGGUCGAAGAUGACAAUGCGACUUUAGAUGGAGCGUCUCCUUCAGUCGUUGCCUUCUAUAACGAACUGAAAUCCACUGCGCUCACUCCUAAUGUCGUUUAUUCUGUUGAGUUGAAUCCAGGCAUUUACGGGACAAAGAUGCGAUGUUGGUUCGAGAGUCAAGAUUUCACAAGUGUUUGUUUGAUGAAGGAGAUUUCGUCAAACUGCAUCUUGUUAUAUCAAACAUACUUGUUUCGUAAGCUCAAGGAAUUAAGUUUAACCAACAAGUACGCUUUUAUUGAUCCAACAAUUGCAUCAAAGGGUUCGGGUACGACAGGGAAUAGAGCCCAAGAUCUCAACUCUAAAUUGGGAGUUCUAGUGCCCAGUCAGUUGGCACUUGUACCCUUUAAUGUAGGAAUUCAUUGGGUACUACUUGUGAUAGACCCCUAUACCAACACAGUACACAUAUUUGAUUCUAUAAAGGAUUCUCUAAACAAGGAUGUGCACCAAGAGAUCAAAGACGUCCUUGAUCCGGCAUUCAAACUUUUUGACGCCGCUAAACAGUUGAAUUUGCGCGAGACAAUUUCUUACGAAAUUGUACAGUGCCCUUGUCAAUCUGGUGAUACAGAGUGCGGAUAUUUUGUGAUGCGAUUCAUGAGGGAUAUAAUAGACAAGAAUGAUACACCAUUAAAUUCAUUGUACAAUUAUAGUGUGGCAUUUUCCCAAGAUUUACUUGACGAGAUAGGUUGUCAUCCUUGCUAUGUUCACUAUCCAACACGAUCUCUGUCUCAGGUGCAGGGCAUAGAACGAGUUUUAGAAGGUUUUUCAGAUGAAAUUCCAGCAGAUUGUUACUCCCUCAUGUAUGAUCUAGAGGUUUCAAUGGAAGCUUUACAGAAUGUCCAUUUAGUUGAGAAGGGGGCAAGUUUCGCUUACCAGUUUUAUCAGACAAGUCAGCGACAUUACUGGAAACUUGAUCGCUGGCGAAGUCUCCGGUUAGUAUUGCUUGAAAGAAGAUAUCCAAUGGAUUUAAAGAGAAACAAGGAGACCUCACAAGGCGAAACCCAGAGCUUGCUUAAUUUUAUGGGUGACAUUGAAAAACUUGCUAAAUAUGUUGAAAAUACUAUUAUAGUUUAUAGGAAUUUGUUUGGCGAGAAAAAGAGAUCCUAUGGAUGCUUUGGAAUAGUGCAGAGCCGGCAUAUAAUUGUGAUGGACAUUGAAAAGAUCAGAGCCGGCAUAUAA